AUGUGGGAACUUGUGGGUCUCUUGCUGCUCAUCCUAGCCUAUAUAUUUUGGUCUAAUUCAAAGUUCUCUGGUGCUAAGUUCCCCAAGAGCCUCCCAUUCUUGCCCGUGGUGGGCAGCCUGCCAUUUCUCCCCAGACAUGGCCAUUUGCAUGUCAACUUAUUCAAGCUGCAGAAAAAAUAUGGCCCCAUCUAUUCUCUUCGUCUGGGUACCACAACUACAGUGAUCAUCGGUCACUAUCAGCUGGCCAAGGAAGUCCUUAUCAAGAAGGGCAAGGAGUUCUCCGGGCGGCCCCAGAUGGUGACUCUCAGCCUGCUGUCGGACCAGGGAAAAGGCAUUGCCUUUGCCGACUCCGGUGCCCAUUGGCAGCAGCAUCGGAAACUGGUGCUGGGUACCUUCUCCCUGUUCAGGGAUGGUGACCUGAAGCUGGAGAAGAUCAUAUGUCGGGAGGUCAGCGCACUGUGCGAUUUGCUGCUUACCUACAACGAGAAGUCCUUAGAUCUGGCCCUGCCUGUCUUUAUGUCAAUUAUCAACGUCAUCUGCUCCAUCUGCUUCAACAUCUCUUACAAGAAUGGGGACCCAAAAUUGACCACCAUAAAGACCUUUACGGAGGGCAUCCUGGAUAAUUUGGGCAGCGAAAAUCUAGUGGACAUAUUCCCAUGGUUGACGAUUUUCCCCAAUAAAGCCCUGGAAAUGAUAAAGAGGUAUGUUAAAAUGCGAGAUGAAGUGCUGACUGAACUACUGGAAAAACGCAAGGAGAAAUUCAGCAGUGACUCUAUCACCAACCUGAUGGACGUGCUGAUACAAGCCAAGAUGAAUGCAGACAACAACAAUGCCAGUCCAGACCAGAAUUCAAAUAUGUUUUCAGAUAAGCACAUCCUUGCCACAAUAGCAGAUAUCUUUGGGGCCGGUGUGGAGACCACCACCUCUGUGGUGAGUUGGAUUGUGGCCUUCCUGCUGCACAAUCCUCAGGUGAAGAUGAAGAUUCAAAAGGAGAUUGACCAUAAUAUAGGUUUCAACCGUACCCCAACUUUCAAUGAUCGGACUCACCUCCUCAUGCUGGAGGCCACCAUCCGAGAGGUGCUUCGCAUCAGGCCAGUGGCCCCCAUGCUCAUCCCCCACAAGGCUAACAUUGACUCCAGCAUUGGCGAGUUUACCAUCCCCAAGGACACACAUGUGGUCAUCAACCUGUGGGCACUGCAUCACAAUGAGAAAGAGUGGAAGCAACCAGAUCAGUUCAUGCCCGAACGCUUCUUGGAUCCAACAGGGAGCCACAUCAUCAAUCCUUCCUUGAGCUACUUGCCUUUCGGGGCCGGUCCCCGCUCCUGUGUAGGGGAAGUCCUGGCCCGCCAGGAGCUCUUCCUCAUCAUGGCCUGGUUGCUGCAGAGAUUUGACUUAGAUGUGCCAGAUGAUGGGCAGCUGCCCUGCCUGACGGGUGACCCCAAGGUGGUCUUUCUGAUCAACCCAUUCAAAGUGAAGCUUAAGGUGCGCCAGGCCUGGAAGGAUGCCCAGGCUGAGGUUAAUGCCUAGAAGCCAUACCUAACAUGCCCUGACUCCAUGCUGUGUGGCCCACAGCACAAAUCAGAGGUGCUAUUCCCACUACC